ACUGCUCGAACAAAGCAACUAAGGCACAAGAACUAGAAUGCCUCGUCUCAACAACAAAGUCGCCAUCGUUACGGGCGGUGGCUCUGGCUUCGGCGCUGCUAUUGCAACCCGCUUCGCUGAGGAAGGAGCAAAAGUCAUCGUCGCGGACAUUAACGCAGCCGGUGGCGAGAGCGUCGCAGCCCAGAAUCCUGAGAAUCUCGUCUUUCAGAAGGUCGACGUGACAAGCCCCAGCGAUUGGGCUGCUCUUGUUGAGACUGCAGUCACAAAAUUUGGAAAGCUGGAUAUCCUGGUGAAUAAUGCGGGAACUACUUAUCGGAAUAAGCCCACACUAGAGGUAACCGAAGCCGAGUGGGAGCGCGUCUUCAAUGUCAACGUAAAGGGCAUCUUUCAUGGUACGCAGGCCGUCAUCGCAAGACUGCUUGAGCAGGGCCACGGCGGCAGCGUGAUCAACAUAUCCUCAACGGGCGCCAGCAGACCACGGCCGGGUCUGGUUUGGUAUAAUGCAAGUAAAGGGGCUGUGUCGAAUGCUACAAAAGGUCUUGCGGCGGAGUACGGCCCACACAACAUCCGAGUCAACACAGUGUCACCACUUCUCUCGGGGACAGGCCUGUUUAGCAUGUUCACUGGCAUGGAGGACACGGAGGAGAACCGGCAGAAAUUCAUUGGGAAUGUGCCUCUGGGCCGGUUGACUGACCCUGCCGAUGUCGCGAAUAUGUGUUUGUAUUUGGCAAGCGAUGAGGGGAGCUUCAUCAAUGGUACGGAGAUGCUGGUUGAUGGAGGAAAGUGCGUCUAAGCCUGCAAUUGACGAUUGCGUCUAGUGAUAGAUAUUAGGUUGAAUUCGACGGGCCAAAAAUC